AUGGCGGUCUUGCACGGACUUUCAAGGUUGCGGCGAGGAGAGGAGUACAAUGCAGAGGUCAGGAUUCAAGCACCCCCUCGCCCAUGGGCACUCCUCUGUCAGUCUAGCCAAGGGGCAGAGAGAGGCAGGUUCGGCUGUGGCGCCCUUCCACAUACUUCAGUUACAAUAUACGUACUUCCAGCCUACGCACAUGUUAAAUUCCCGCCAGAUUAUCCCUAUUCACCACCUUCCGUCCGAUUCCUGACUAAAGUUUGGCAUCCUAAUGUUUAUGAGAAUGGCGACCUUUGUAUCUCUAUCCUACACCCUCCAGUGGAUGAUCCUCAGAGUGGGGAGCUUCCGUGUGAGCGUUGGAAUCCUACACAGAAUGUGCGCACAGUGUUGCUAUCUGUAAUUUCUUUGCUGAACGAACCUAAUACUUAUUCUCCGGCCAAUGUGGAUGCUUCCGUUAUGUACCGUCGCUGGAGGGACUCUAAGGGCAAGGAUAAAGAAUAUGAAAAUAUCAUCAGGAAACAGGUGAUGUCAUCUCGUAGUGAAGCAGAGCGUGAUGGAGUGGUAGUGCCACUUACGCAAGAAGAUUAUUGUAUCAAGACCAAGGUUAAGCCAGAUACUGAGCCUGUAGAUAUGUAUGAUUUCUAUGAUGACGAUUAUGACAUUGAUGACGAUGAUGAAGAUGACGAUGAAGAACUAUCCGAUAAUGAUAUUGAUGAUGGUGAUGACAGUGGAAAUGGUGAAUCGUGAUAGGCUGGUAUCAGGAGACACUGGAGGGUGGUUUAGUUGCUGGCCCGAAUGCUUAAACGUCCCUAGAGUAAUAGAAAAAAAAAUCAGACAAACAUAGUUAUUGUUCACAUUGCAUUGGUCUAUCAGCUAUGAAAAGUGGAUUCUGCAGAACCUGCCAACUCUUAAGCAGUUAUUUAAGAAUUCGGGCAGAAAGUAAAGUGAAGUCCAAGGUAGUGGCACCCAAUUUCCCCCUCACACAUCACCCAUUGUUAUCACUACCACAUUGGCCCCAUGCAUCUCAUGAAUCCUUGAUCACAUGUGCAUGUGAAACCAGUGCAAGCAUGUAAAUUAGUGACCAUUAAUUUACUGUCGCUGAUUUAUGGCGUGACUUGGACGACGUACAUCCACAAUUGCGUUGCUCUUUGAUCGCGUUCACUUGUGAAUAUGACAACUCUCAACCACCCACAUUUCAGGCGAUGUGUGUAUGCUGACUGAUCUUCAAAGUCAUCAUCACUUUCUAUGGUAACAAGAAUUCCUGCUGUUGUCAGAGCGAGUGUGAUGUAUGAGUUCAUUUGCGUUUCUGAAAGAUCACACAAUAUCUCUAAUUUUUUCUAGAGUAUAUUAAUAAUUUAUUGAAGAAGACAAGUGCUGUGAGUUCAUUACAAAAAAAAAACUUAUUUUUGUCUUUCUUGCUUAGUGGCAGUAUGGGGCCAGAAAUUGCAGAGCAAAAUUUCGUUUAGAUUUUGUGUAUGGCAUAUGAUAUUUGUAAAUAAAAUUGGUUUUAUUAAUUUAUCACAUAUACCCAAUAAGCCUAAGCCAAUUUCUAGUAAUGAACAUUGAUAUAAUUGACAUUAUUGCUACAUAUUGCAAAAAAAAAAAAAAAAAAUUAAACCGGCCUUCAACUAGAGAAAACAUGUAUAUUGUUUGUAAUUUUGUUGGUGGCAAAUAUGGCAAUCACCACUUUAAGGUUGAUUUGAACUUGAGAUAUCAUUGGCAACUCAGCCUUAAAGAUCUUGAGCCUGGAUAACAAGCAUAGUGUAUUCUGCAGUGUUGCCAUGGGCAGCUUUGCAAGCAACAAAGUGAAUUACUUGAUAUUCCAUUUUUUUCAGUUAAAUUUGCUUGGAGCUUAUUUUGUAAGGCAAGGCUCAAAGAUUAUUUUCUAUUGCCAUUAACUAAAUUUUGCAAAUGUGAGAAGAUUGGGGUCUUGAUGCAGGAUUAGAUUAACCUUUUGAGGUAGUUUAGAUUGAUGUGAAUUAUGUGAUCUGGAAAAUUGUCAUAAUCUCUGAAAGUUCUUGUUACUCAAAUUUUUUGACAAUAAUACUGUUGUAUGAAAGCUAUGUACUUUAUUUCUUCUCACAAAUAAUAAUUCCAUCCAAACUGAGGGAUAUAAUUUUCCAUCAUGUACAGUUAUUAAAAGGAAGUUUAAAAUAUUUACAUGGAAGAUGUUUAUCUCUUUCCUUAAUUAUCAUUGCCUUCAGAUAUGUGCUAUUUACUCUGAUGUGUGUAAUUUUCUUGCAAAUGCCAUUUUGAGUUUCCCCUCGCUAUUAUCACUUUGAAUUCAAAUUUGAUAAUGCAGAUUUGAGUUAAUUAGCUGAGAUAGCAAGGUGAAAUUUUAUGGUCUCAAGGAUUCGUAUAGUUUGUACACAAGAAAAGAGCAGAUGAACUGGGAUGAAUAUAAGAAGGAUUCAUUGUACAUAACUCAUUGUCAUAUUUAUAAUCACCUUUUCUGUGGACUAUGAUAGGAGGUAUGUUACCAUAAUUGGAAAAAUUUAAUUUCCUUUAUGCAGUCUUUAAGUGCCAGAGUUAUCUAUGAUAUUUCUACAGCUCAAGAUACACGAAAAGAUAAAUGGAAGAAGCACAUGAGAGCUCUCUCUCCAGUAACACCUCUUGCUAAUAUAGGCUGAUAUUUGCUCACUUACGUUUCUUUAAUCUCAGUUGUACUACUCUACUGUGGCUUUACAAGUCAAACUAAACAAAAGAAGAAAAAAAAAUAGCCUAUUUUAAGAUAGCACGAGUACCCAAUUUCAGAUAUUGAUGUUUUUUCUAUUAAUAUUUUGUAGCAGAAGCUGUAUUUAAUGUUAUUUUUGUAUAGUCUUAUGACAGGAGGUAUUCUUAAUGGCACUUUCAAGCGACCUCAUGCAAGAAUAUGUACCAAGUAUUUCAGCAACAUUUCAGGUAUUUUGUUUGUAGUGCAUAUAUUUCAGUUACAAACAAUGCUCUACCUAUUGUCAUUAACAGCAUCACAAAACUAAUAUGAAAGCCAGAGUUUUAUCAUUUUCAGUUGCUGAAUAAUUGUCCCUCAACAAAAUGCUGUAUGGAGCUGGAUACAGACUGCUGCACUUUUGUAUGGUUAAUUGUAAGGAUUGCAGGCUUCGUUUAGUGUAAUAAAGAUAUUGUUACAAG